AUGCAACCAAAUAAAACAUUACCAUCAUUAUUAUCGGAUCAAAUGAGUAAGAAAUCUUCAGUGGAUCAAAUACCAUAUUAUGUUCAGUCAAGUUCAGCUUACCAACCACCUCAAGAUGAACAAGUAAUUUUUAAAAUUUUAAAAUUUAAGAUANAUAAUAUAAUAAAUAUAGGAAUUAACAUUGACGGUCUACCAAUAGCUAAGAGUAGUAAAAGUCAACUAUGGCCCAUAUUGGUUUCUAUUUUAAAUUUUAAAGAAUUACCCAAUAAUGUACUUCCCAUUGGUAUAUUUCAUGGAUUUAAAAAACCACAUUCGAUUGAAGAGUUUUUACACCCGUUUAUUAUCGAUACUUUAGAAGUAUUAAGAAAUGGUUUAAAUGUGAAUGGAACAUUAAUAAGUGUUAAUAUUUCUAAUAUAGUUUGUGACGCCCCUGCAAAGAGCUUUUUACUUGACGUUAAACAUUUUAAUGCUUAUUUUGGGUGUACUUCCUGCAUUGAAGAAGGAGAUUAUAUAGAACGCCGAGUUGCUUUAAUUGGAACUAAUGCUCCAUUAAGAACAAAUGAAACUUUUAGAAAUAAAUCAAAUGAAGAAUAUCACAAAGGUGAUUCCCCCUUGCUUAAAUUACCUAUUAAUAUAACUAAUGUUGUUUGCUUAGACUACAUGCAUUGCGUGUGUCUUGGGGUCACUAAACGUUUAAUAGAAUUUUGGAUUAAAGGGAAAAGGGAUAUAAGAUUGACAGAUGAAAGUAAAGAAGGAAUAAAUAAUGAUUUAAAAAUGUUAAGGCCAUAUGUGCCAUCAGAGUUUUGUCGAUUACCACGGCCAAUAGAUGAUAUAGAGUACUGGAAGGCUACUGAAUUGCGUAGUUUUAAUUUUAGUUUCACCUAA